AUGCCGUCCAAGCCUGGCACGGGGGACCCAUCGAUGGCUCAUGGUGUGCACCAGCGCUUGCAGCGGCUGGGGUCGACCAAAAUGAUGGACAAGGCCAUGGAGUCGACGUCGCGGUCCAAGGAACGGACCACCUCCAUGUCACGGAAUGGGUCGCUCCAUGUCGUCCCGAAAGGAACGAAACAUUCCGUCAGCGUUCGUAAGCCGAUGAAAGGCCACCCCGACGUCGAGCUGCUCAUGGCUGACGUGUUUGCCGAAAUGGACCGGCAGCGCCAACGCGGCCAGAUCAAGUUCCCCUCCAAAUUCGCCGACUUUUUCCAUCAUGAUAUGAUGGUCGAGUUCGUCAAAGCGUGCAUGCAGCUCGCUGACACGUUUGUGGCCGUCCAGCACUUGGAGCUCGCCAUCGCCCUUCAUUCUCCUCCGUCGCCACCGGCCACCGUCAACUCCCCGUUGGUGCCGCCGUCGAUCGCGACGAUGCCGGACAGCGAGCGAACACUGGCGUACCACAAAGCCGUGGCAAACCACAGCGACAGCGUCGCCAAUUUGGCCAAGUGGUAUUCUCGCGUCGUGCUCAACUGCAGCAACUUUGAGCGCCAUGAAGAAGACCGGACGUUCUUUGAAGCUGUCUACUACUUUGUCUGCGCCAUCGUCAAGACGACCCACCCUCCCGAUACAUGGCCGUUGAUCGAAGAAGAACUUGGCUAUGCAUUUCGAGGAGAAGUGUUUAAUGUCCACGGAAAGAGCAAUCUGCAACCCCCGAUGGCCCCCGAACCUGCCAAAGUCUCGGCGACGCGAUUUGGACAGCCCACGACAGCCCACCAUGCUCCAGACCCACUGGCGGGCGACCUCAAAUUUUCCCCACGCGCGGCAAUCGCGUACGGCAGCUAUGGCCAAAAUAUCUCGCUCGCUUCCAUUGUGGCCCGGGUCGACGCGACAACGUCCCGCGCCGAACACAAUGUCAAAGUGUCCCAAGCCAUGCGCGACCGCAUCCAUGGCCAGCGCAACGAAGACCACAAAGCACGCCGUCAACUUGGUAAAUCGUUCGCCUUCCCCCCAACGCGACCCAUCAUGUGUUUCCAGAGCGUGCGUACAACCAGCGGAGUGAACGCCGCGCCGCCGCACGGCUCGACCACCUUGUCGACAGCCCUUCAAAGCCCCUGCGACCUCUCCCUUCCUUCGUCCUUCAUCCCGACCAGAACCCUCCAUCCUCACCACCUUCCAGUUCCAUGCCGAGUCCCCGCGCGUCGAUGCGGCAUACUUUGGACGCGCGGUCGCCCAUCGUCGCCCACAUCUUUCCAUCAGCACAGGACCAAGUCCUCCUCACUCAAACGCUGCUCGACGCCCAGCAACGAGAUCGGAGGUCGAGUCCUUGCCCAAGCCCUCAACCGCCGCUCCCUCGCACGACCCGACCCCCCACGACUCGCCUCGCCAUGCCCCGCUUUCAAGAUAUUCAUGGCUUAACUGAAAAUUGAAGAAUAAAUCGUGGUCGAUUGCGAUGGCCAUUGCUA